AUGAGAAUAUUAAUAAAUAGUCGCGUCUUAUUGUAUUAUCUGUGAGUGUGCACUGUGCGUCCGUUAUGCAGUGGCUGUUAUUUUUAACAGGGGCAGCCCUGGUGCUGGCCGCACCCCAGAAGGAACACAACCGGGGUAUGUCGAUAACCCAGGACGAGGAGGGUGGCUACUCAUUUACUGUCACACGUGCCAAUGUUGAGAGGAAACUAGGUCAGCUAGGUCGCAGGAGCUCGGCUGAGGACAGCGACGUCACAUUCGAAUUGACCACAUUUUACGACGAGGAGAGCGGAGGCACGCGCGUCUCCGUCACCUGGGAUGGACCUUCAGACAGGGUUUUCGAAGAUUGCUUUGAUUUCGGUGACCAGCAAUGGUACGGUGGUCCGGAACAGAAAGACCAGCAAUGGCCCAUCCAGAAAUCGAAGAUCCAGAAAUACUCUAUCAUAUCUAAGGAGGCCGACAACUCAGCCAUUUCCGAGAGAUACUGGCUGAACUCCGACGGUCUGUACAUCUACGUCCAUCCUGAGGUGCCUCUCUUCGUCGACCAUCACAACAUCCUUGAAAACCACCUCUGCUUUAUCGCGGAAGUCGCCGACCCUUACUCCACUAAAAGAAGUCACAAUGUCCUCAAAUACGACAUCUGGCAGUUCGAUGACCCUAAAACCGCACAUAUGCACGCCGUUAAAACUUACCUCGGCAAACCAUCAGGUAUCCCGGAUUACAGAAUGAUCCAAUACCCAGUAUGGUCGACUUGGGCGCGGUAUUCUCGGGAAAUCGACCAGAACAGUCUCUGGGAGUUCGCCAAUGAGAUCGCGGAUACAGGAUUCCCUAACGCACAGUUCGAAAUCGACGAUUUAUGGGAAAUCUGCUACGGUUCCCUCACUGUUGAUGAAAGGAAGUUACCUGACUUUAAAAAAUUAAUUCAAGACAUCAAAGGUCUCGGCUUCAGGGUCACUAUUUGGGUCCAUCCAUUUAUUAACAAAGACUGUGAACCUUGGUAUAGUGAUGCUUUAGAUAAAGGAUAUCUCGUCCUCAAUGAAGACGGCAGUCCAGAUUCCUCGUGGUGGAACAACAACGGCUCUUUGCCAGGUUACAUCGACUUCACCAACCCCGAGGCCGCGGAGUGGUACUCCUCCAGGAUCAAGAACCUCAUCGAGACUUACGACAUCGACAGUUUGAAGUUUGACGCUGGAGAGUCCAGCUGGUCUCCGCAGAUACCAGUACAGAACGGGGACAUCGACCUGCACCCGGGACACAUCGUGCGGGACUACGUCAGGACAGUCGCAGAAUUCGGCCCCAUGAUCGAGAUCCGCGCUGGAAUGCGGACCCAAGAUCUGCCAGUGUUCGUACGCAUGGUGGACAAGGACACGCUGUGGGGCUUCGACAACGGCCUGGCCACGCUGGUCACCACACUCCUCGCCAUGAACCUGAACGGCUACUCGCUGGUGCUGCCCGACAUGAUCGGCGGCAACGGGUACAACGAGAAGCCCAGCAAGGAGCUGUUCAUCCGCUGGCUGCAGGCCAACGUCUUCAUGCCGACGCUGCAGUACUCCUUCGUGCCCUGGGACCACGACAAUGAGACGGUGGAGAUCUGCCGGCGCUACACGCAGCUGCACGCGCAGUUCGCGGACGAGAUCGCGCGAUAG